UGUCAGUGACAGCUCGGUCCGCGCCCUGCGAUCGUCCACGUCUCGUCUGUAGGUGGAUGCGAGGAGGAGACCGACGCUCAGAGGACCGAGGUCCGUUCACACCCCCGAAACACCUGCAAGGAAAGGACGCAAAAAACGCGGAGAGCUGUUUUCUGUCCCGACUCGAGCGCUGCAAAACUCGACACACACACACACACCGGCGUUCAUUAUCAGGAGUCCUGGACCUACCCUGUGGUUGGACGUGAUGCCAGGCCUUCGGAACCGGUCCACUUGGGAGCCUCUGCAGCUCAAAGCAUCUUGUGUCAAGUCCUGUGCCAACGGCUACUCCCUAGGCAUCACCAGCAACCUCACCUAUGCCAACAUGCAGAACGAGCCAGUGGAAGGCAUAUUUGUGUAUCCAAUGAGGGAGAGAGAGGUAGUGGUUGGGUUUGAGGCGACUGUUGCUGGCCACAUAGUUGGCGUUCAGAUCCAGAGCUGCGCAAAGCUAGAGGAGUGUCGCCUAGACUACUGUCCGUGCAGUACCCUAGACACACAGUAUGGGAAUGGUCACGACUGCAGCUGCUGUGGUACCUCUGGCCGAGGCAUGCACUGUACCAAUGGGCACAUAGUCCUGGAUGAGGACCUGGAGAGAACCACCUUCAUCAUGAGCACAGGAACCAUUGGCCCAAUGGACCUUGUGACUGUAGUCAUGAGUACUACCAUGGAGGUGGGCACGCUGGAGAAUGGCGCGGUUCGCUUGCUGUAUCCCUCAGUGCUCACCCCUAUUGUCAGGGGAAGGACAAUUCCAAACAAGAGUGAGCAUGGAGAAAGGUGGGAUGAAAGUGGGCCAAUCAGCUGCUUUGGGGCUGGGAAACAGGACAGGCCUCCAGGCUCUGCCCAGCAGUGUUUCCAUUCCAUCUUUACUAACCCUGCUACCAGCAGCCUACCUUAUGAACUCAGUUUCCAGCUGCUUGUGCGGGGGGCCUGUCUUCUUGCAGGUCUGGAAAGCCCAACCCAUGCACUGCGGGCUGAUGCAGACCCCAGUGCACAGUCUGCUUCCACCACUUACAUCACCCUGGCAGAGGAGCACACGUAUGAUCGGCAUGUGGAGAUCAUUUUGCACCUGAGUGAGCCUUUCCAGCCUCAAGUAAUCCUAGAGAGGGGCCGCCUCACCUUCCAGGAGUAUGAGCAGCAGAUAAGUGCCCGUCGCGAUUUCAUCCGUAUUUCCCGGAAGGAGGCAGAGCCUGAGAAGAAGAUGCAAUUUGUGAGGAAGCGCUUCCACAAAGACAUCCUAUGCAAUCCAGUUCUGAUGCUUAACUUGUGCCCAGACUUGCUGAGUGAACCUGUGGAGCUGCAUCAUGCUACCAGAGAGCUCUUCUUUCUAUUGGAUCGUAGUGGCAGCAUGAGCAGCACGAACGUCGACAGAGUCAAGGAGGGAAUGCUGGUGGCCAUAAAAAGCCUGCCCCCGGGAACACUGUUGAACAUCGUGGGCUUUGGAUCCAUUCUCAGAACCCUGUUCCCCAGCAGCAGGCUCUGCACCAAUGAGACCUUGGCCACAGCCUGUGAGUAUAUCCAGAGGAUGAAGGCGGACUUAGGAGGCACCAACCUACUCGGCGCUCUGUCCUGGGUGUACCAACAGCCAGGUCAGCGCAGCUGUCCACGCCAGGUGUUCAUCAUCACCGAUCGCACGGUCAGCAACGUGGGCCGGGUAUUGGAGCUGGUGCGGAGGCACACGUGUGCAGCCAGGUGUUUUGGCCUUGGCCUGGGUCCUCUGGCUUGUCGGCGACUGCUACAGGGAGUUGCCAAGGUGACCGGUGGAAACUCAGAGUUUCUUGAUGUAGAUGAGAGACUGCAACCCAAGUUGAUUAAAGCCCUGAAGAAGGCCUUCGAGCCCGUCCUUACCGAUAUCCGUAUAGACUGGUACCUCCCAGACAACAUGGAGGCUCUCCUCUCGCCCAGCGAAAUCCCUCCGAUCUACCCAGGGAACUGUCUCAUAGGCUACUGUACGCUUUAUGAUCUGUCUGCCUUUCAAAGCAAGAAGUGUGAACUGAGCAGGAGUCAACCCUCCAGGUGGCUGUCACAUGGGUCCGAGGGCUCCCUCUCACGGCACUCCAAAGACGAGCUCCUGCAGGCUCCGGUGUCAGCCCCUGAGCACAGUGACAUCGAGGAGGCCCUCUGCGAGAUAUCUAGAGAGAUCUCCUCUGAAUUCUCCUGUGCCCGUCCCUCCGAUGCCAGCGGAGAUACAGGUGAGACCAGCCUACCCAUAGGGAGAGAGCUUAAACACAAUCCAUCUUUCUGUCACUCAGUGGACAGCAAUACAAACGUGCAGCAGUCUCAAAAGCUGGGUGAAAGUGGGGAUAUCCAGUGUGCAGCGAAUCGGCAUGAAGUUGGGGAAGUGCUCGGACUGACUGGGACUCUUCGUGCGCGUUUCUCCAUAGCCGGGGAGCCGGAGUCACCGAGUGACGUGCGCCUCCGGAUCGCACGAGCCUCCUACGUUCAGGAGAAGUACAUGUUGACCCACUGUUCCCUGAGCAGCGAAAGGGCCGACCUCUCGCCCGAGUCCGACUCGGCUGUGCUCCUCCACAACGCUAGCUCUCUGCCCCAGGGCCUCAAAAGGACAGCCCCAUCUGAACCCAGGGGUUUAACUCGCUGGGGGACAUGGAGACAAGCAGCCUCCUCUGACAGCACUGACAGUGGGUCAGCAAUGGCAGAAGAACGUAGGUUGAAGCAGAGAGCACUGGCCCGCUCAGCCAUGUCGGGGCGUAGUUUCUCUUCCCCUCAGGGAGAGCUGGACCUCCACCGGCUUCGCCGCGCACUUGAGAAGGUCUCCUUCCACCAAGUGCUGGGUGGCCAGCUCAAUGAGGGUGAUGCGGAGACCAUGCCCACCCCCAAAGGGGCACUGUCCCACAGGAGCCUCACUGACUCCAACAGCCUGCUAUUCCCCGCUUCCCCCCUGGACUGGGACACUUUCACGGAAUCAGAGUACCUGUUUUCUGCACUCCCCCCUGAGGAGCCCCCUACUCAGUGCCGAGCGGUCAUCCAUGGCCUACUGGCUGGCAAGCCCAUGUCCUGGGAGGCAGUGGUGGACCUCUCACCUCUCUGGAAACCAGAGGACUUGAGGACCACACCGGGAAGGAAUAGCUGGCUAGAGAUCAUACAUCAACUAACUGCUCGUUCCGUCAUCCGUGACUUUGAGAACAUGGCUGAGCGGGAGCCCAGUUCCGAGCACGGGCUCUCUAAGAGGUACCGCACAAAAGCCAUUCAGACCAGAAAGGGCUCCAACAUACUCUGCAUGUACACAGCCUUCACACCCAUCAACAGCUCCUCCAGCGAGGGUCUGGCCAGCUCUAUGGAAAUGUGCGAUGCAGGGACACACUCUGGGCUGCGGGGCAGGAGGCACAGAGCCGACUCCAUGGGCUUGGGGUGCAAACCCUCCAGGCGCGACUCUGAGGAUUUUGAGGACACCAUGACAUCUACAGACAGGGAUGACACACCUGCUUCCCCCUGCAGUCUGACCUCCUGCGACAGUAGUAUAGGGGGCAGUUGGAAUCCUGCCAGCCCUUCAGCAGCAUCCACACGUUCUCAGCGCUCAGCAGAGAGCUGGUCUAUGGAGAGUUUCUUCGGUUCCAAGUUCAUGCUGAGCCGGCUGAGGACCGCCGAACAGCCCAGCAAGCAUGGGCCAUUGAAACCCCACUGCCUGGCCAGCGAAAGAGAGUGUGAGAGUGCCGAUUACCUUCCCCUGGUGCGUCUCCAGUUGGCCUCUGGGGCCUUUCUUCUGACAAACCUGUACUCCGAGUGCAUCCAGAUCCCGCUGGAUCGGCUGAAGAGAGCCUCUCCUUACACUAGGCACCGCAGCAGUCGGAGCCCCCCAUUACAAUGUACCUCCCCCUCCAUCAGUACCAGCACUGGCCCCAAGCCUCCUGCAGGUCAGAGUGACAUACUUAUGCUAGCUUCGAGUUCCAGGUUAGGGUUUGCCCACAGCGAGGACAUUGUUGACAUUUCAGUAGAGCCCACGAGUAUGGAGGAGGUGACCCCUGAGCUGCACAGGGCUGUGCCCCAGGUGGAUAGCGGCCGUGGCUCCGAAACGGACAUGUUCGAAGGUUCGCUGCCGGAGCCCUCGGAGCAGUCUGUGGACUACCUGGUCCAGCAGGAUCUAGAGGGCUCAAGCUGGGCUACAGCAGUGGCACUAGCCUGGCUGGAGCAUCGCUGUGCUGGCUUCUUCGUGGAGUGGGAGUUAGUAGCAGCCAAAGCAGACUUCUGGCUCCGGGGACAGCAGUUACCGGAGGGAAUGGACCUGGCCAGUCUGAAAACGGCAGCACGCCAGCUCUUCUUACUCAUUCGUCACUGGGAUGAGAACAUCAAGCUGAACAUGCUAUGCUACAAUCCCAACAACGUGUGAAAUGUAAGAAAAGCACACAGACCUGGGCUUCUCUAAACACAGCUACAAAUUGUUCUAGCCAAAAGAUCAAUUACUCCCCAACAUAAAAUGGAGGGAUUUCCAAGGGUUCCCUGGCUUAACUUAUUAGUACACACACACAAAUUGUCUGAAACCGCUUGUCCCAAGCGGGGUCGCGGCAAACUGGGGCC